AUGUGCGGGCGCGGGGCGGCCAGCCUGCCCGGAGGUCCCGGCCCGCGGCGGCCGCGGCUCCCCGGCGUCCUCCGCCUGCUGCUGCGGCUGCUGCUGCUGCUCGCCCCGCCGGGCGCCGGCGCUCGGGCCGCCGGGCCGCCGCACCUGGUCUUCGUGCUGGCGGACGACCUGGGCUGGCACGACGUGGGCUUCCACGGCUCGCGCAUCCGCACGCCGCACCUGGACGCGCUGGCGGCCGCCGGGGUGCUCCUGGACAACUACUACACGCAGCCGCUGUGCACGCCCUCGCGCAGCCAGCUGCUCACCGGCCGCUACCAGAUCCACACAGGUUUACAACACCAAAUAAUCUGGCCCUGUCAGCCCAGCUGCGUCCUGGAUGAAAAACUCCUUCCCCAGCUUCUAAAAGAAGCAGGCUACACUACCCAUAUGGUCGGAAAGUGGCACCUGGGAAUGUACCGGAAAGAAUGCCUUCCAACCCGCCGAGGAUUUGAUACUUACUUUGGAUAUCUCCUAGGUAGUGAAGAUUACUAUUCCCAUGAGCGCUGUACAUUAAUUGAUGCUCUAAAUGUCACACGAUGUGCUCUUGAUUUUCGAGAUGGUGAAGAAGUUGCAACAGGAUAUAAAAAUAUGUAUUCAACAAACAUAUUUACUGAAAGAGCAACAGCCCUCAUAUCUAACCAUCCACCAGAGAAGCCUCUAUUUCUCUACCUUGCUCUUCAGUCUGUCCACGAGCCUCUCCAGGUCCCCGAGGAAUACCUGAAACCCUAUGACUUUAUCCACGAUAAGAACAGGCGUUACUAUGCAGGAAUGGUGUCUCUCAUGGAUGAAGCAGUGGGAAAUGUCACGGCAGCCUUAAAAAGCCACGGGCUCUGGAACAACACGGUGUUCGUCUUCUCCACGGAUAACGGAGGACAGACGCUGGCGGGGGGCAACAACUGGCCGCUUCGAGGACGAAAAUGGAGCCUGUGGGAAGGAGGCGUUCGAGGGGUGGGCUUCGUGGCGAGCCCCCUGCUGAAGCGGAAGGGGGUGAAGAGCCGGGAGCUCGUCCACAUCUCCGACUGGCUGCCCACCCUCGUGGGGCUGGCCGGGGGCAGCACGAAGGGCACCAAGCCUCUGGAUGGCUUCGACGUGUGGAGGACCAUCAGCGAAGGAAGCCCAUCUCCCAGAAUGGAGCUGCUGCAUAAUAUCGACCCCAACUUUGUGGAUAUUUCACCAUGUCCUGGGCAGAGCCUGGCUCCAGCAAAGGAUGAUUCUUCUCAUCCAGGAUAUUUCUCCUUCAACACAUCUCUCCAUGCUGCAAUUAGACACGGGAACUGGAAACUUCUCACCGGCUACCCAGGCUGUGGUUGCUGGUUUCCUCCACCGUCUCAGCACAACGUCUCUGUGAUCCCCUCUUCGGACCCACCGACCAAGACCCUGUGGCUCUUUGAUAUUGACCAGGACCCAGAAGAAAGACAUGACCUGUCGAGAGACCACCCCCACGUUGUCAAGCAGCUCCUUUCCCGCCUGCAGUUCUACCACAAACACUCGGUGCCUGUGUACUUCCCGGCGCAGGACCCCCGCUGUGACCCCAAGGGCACCGGGGCCUGGGGCCCGUGGAUCUAG